GGAUUAUUUCUCUCCCUGGGUGCUUGGCUUGCAUGUGAGCAUCUUUGUUGGACGCAUCUUCAAUGGGUCGAGGUGGAUCCCGGGCUCGGGCGUUUGGCUUGCCCUGUCUCCGCCUUUCCGUGUGCACCCCGAGAAGAGCCUGGCCCCAUCUUUCCCGUAUCACCCAUGAAGCAGGGCAAGCAACCUCCCGGUUUGGUGAGAAAUGAAGGAAUUAUCGUUCCCACGAGGCAGGGAAUGGAGCGAACCAGGAUCCGGUCAGCAUCAAUCAAGCUCACUGUCCCUGAAAAACAUAAUUCCUUUUUUGGGGGUAAAAGAAGCCGUUUCAGGCAGAUGAUCAGACGCUGCAUGUCUGCGGCCAGAUAAUGUCUCAGAUGACCUCAAAUACUUACUUCUGCGAUGACAGCCACGGGGGCUUUCCCAGGGCAGCUCAGAAAGUCUCCCCAUGCUUUUUCUCACAGUUUUUGAUGUUCCCAGCCCUCCUCCCCAAGGACUCUUCCCACUGGGUUUAACCUCCCGUCUUGUACCUCCUCCUCCUCGGAGCAUUUUGUCAUCUCUCUGGGCUGGUUUAUCUUUGAGCCUGUUGCUUUUGCUCCCCGAUGGAGGAAAGCAGCAGCAAGCUCAGCACCUUGGUUUUUCCGCCGUCGGCGCGAGAAGAGAUCAUUCAGAGCCACGUGGCCCCAGCUUUGCAUGCAAGCCAUUUGAGACCAGGUAUAAAUUUCUCAACCAGAGAGGCUGAGAAAUGACUGCAAACCUUUGGGGAGCAAGGAAAGCGUGGUACCUUCAAUACCACCCACCUACAGGGCUCUUAAAUCCCCGCUCAUUUGGAUGUAUUCAGCAUAAAUAACGUGUAGGGGAGGGGGGAAAAAAAAAAUCCUCUUCCUGCUUGGAAACUCUUAAGCAUAAAGCUUAAAGCAACCGAUGGUUUCUUGGGGUGGUCCUUCACCCUAUUUUUCUUGCCUACGAGGAUGACGCACAAGUUGCUGCGGUACAGCCGAGCAUCGAAACCUGCUGCUAUUGGGGCAUGCAUCGUCCCUCCCCGCGCACAACGAUAACUCGAGCGGCAUCGGGAAGUUAUUUACAGCCUGCGUACGCUGUGCCAGGAAGCAUAGGACAAACGCACUCCCGUGCCACCGGUGGACGUGAGCCCCUGGGCCAGGCAGUUCCCUGCCUGUGAUGGGGAAAGGAGCCCAAAAGCCGAAUUCUUCAGAGCAAGAGGAAGUGUUGAACCAUUGCAACGAUAUAGAGAAAGAUUGCAAAUGGGAGUCCAACACCAAGAAGUCAGACUGGGAAAGAUUUCGCUCCUCAUGGGUUUUCACUCUCGUGUGCGUGGUGCUGGUGCUCCUCGUCUUCGUCCUGCUGGUGGCUUUGACUGUUGUCCAUUUGGGAUACCAUUUGCCUCGCCCGGACUUCUUCUAUGUGUGCCCAGAUGCCUGGCUUGGUUUCCAAGGGAAAUGCUAUUAUUUUUCUGAGGCGGAGAGCAAUUGGACCACCAGUCAGGAAAGCUGCGAGGCCCUGGGAGCUUCACUGGCCCUGAUAAGCACCAGGGAGGAACUGACCUUCAUUAAACGCUAUAAAGGCGAAGCUAACCAUUGGUUUGGGCUGCGAAAGAAUGGUGACAGCUGGUGGUGGACCAACGGCAUGGCCUUCGACAACUGGUUUGAGGUGCGGGGAGGUGGACCCUGUGCGUACCUGAACCAGGAGAGGAUCAGCUCAUCCCUGUGCCACACCAAGAAGAACUGGCUCUGCAGCAGACCAGACGACUACGUCCUCUGGAAGCAAAAAGCACAUGUGUAAUAAAAGAUCCCAUAAACACAAGCUUCAUCCCAGUCCUCCGACCAGCAGAUGAAGAACUGAGCCAUUUCCUUUGGUAAAUCCCUACAUCUGACUCUGUCGCUAACAUUUAUGACUGUGUUUUCAUGCCACUUUCUGCUCAGGCAAGCUAGAUUAUUAUUGAUCUGUUGUUGCUGCUGGAUCACUGCAUCAGAAAAAGCUUAUUAAGCCUUUUCUAUGAGCUUUUGAAAGCAGUAUUUUGCCUGUAAGCCAGGGAGGUCCAUCAGCUACUCACUUGAGUGAGUUAAUUUCGACAACUAGAUUGUCUUGCACUUGGAAGGGGGAUGAAAAAAGGUGGGGAGGGAAUUUGGUGAAAUAGUGGAUUUGGAUAGGCUUGGAAUGUUUUAGAGUAUGUUUAUUUUUUUUACAAAAAAAAAAAAAAGACAAAAAAAAAAUCCAAAACAAACCCCCCCCCACGGUCAAAACCAAACCUGCCCUGAAAAACCGUCAAAAAACCAAAAAACCCCCAACCCAAACCAGCCAUGAAUAAUCCCAAAACAGCAAAAAAAAAAAAAACAAAACCCUGAAAGACAAAAAAAACAAACAAAAAAACCCCUGAAACCCAACAAAGCAAACCAAAACCCAGCUGCUUGUACAGUCCCUGUCCUGCUAGCUGAGCCUGCACCACAGCCGUCACUCAGGAAAACUUUUUAUACUGAACUUUGUAAUAUAUGCAAUAUAUUUUGUGCCACCUGGUCUCUUACUUGCAUAUCUGUGUUAUUUCAACAAAUUGAAGUAAACUAGUUUUAUAGGCUUUUA